AUGGUUUAUCAUUCAAAGAAAAUCGAUUCUUUAUUAAAAAAUUUAGGGGCAGAACCACUUUUUUCUUCUGUAAAUGAUACAUCUUCGAGCUCUAAUACGUCCUCACAUGGACUCAGCGAAAUAAAAGUACCUAUGAUUACAAAUACAUCAUCGACUUUAAUACAAAGUUUUAAUAAAACGCAAAACACACAAAAAUUAAAUAAACAAAUGCCAAACGAAGAAGUUGCAAUUGGAAAUCCAAUUUCAAUAUUGAAUGAGAUAUAUCAAAGAGAGAAAAAAUCAAGUUUCCCACCAAACUAUUCUUUUACCAUUGAUCCUACAACUGGACGUUUUUAUUGUCAACUUGAAAUUUUUGGCAAAGUUUUCAAAACAGAACGUCCAACAAUAAAAAAGCAACAAGCAAAAGAAGAUGCUGCUUUAAUGGCUUUACGUAAUGAAAUUAUUUCAUCUGAUGGUGGAAGCUCUAUAAUUAAUCUACAUCUUAAUUAUCUUGAAAAUAGAACAGACAUCAUUGGUAAAUCGGAAAGUUGGUAUAGAAAACAAUUGAAUGAUUCUCCAACAAAAAAACCUCGUGUUAUCCUUUUAGAAUUUUGUCAAAUGCAUCAUUUGCCAAAUCCAAUUUAUCAACCACGUAAUGAUUAUACAGGAAAUACUUUAUGUGAUUGUAUAAUAGGAGAGAGAACAUUUAAAGGGGAUAAGGGAUUUCUAAGGGUGAAUGAUUCAAAAGAUUACGUAUCUAAUAUGGCAUUCCAUGCAUUGUACAAGGAAUAUUGUAAUGCGGAGAAAUUUCAAAUUAGAAAAUUUCAAGAGGAUGGACAAGAAACAAAUUUAAAUGAAAGUGACAUAACAUCAAGUACAAGUUCUAUUUUCAAUAGUUCACAUUUAAAUGAAAUCAAUUUAAAUAAUUUGUUGUUACCUGUUGAUGAAGACAUUCCAAAUAUCAAAGUUGAAGAUUCGCUUGUAGAGAUACCAAAUAAUAAAUUUGAAGAAGGUAGCAAUAAUUUUAAAUUUAAUUCUCAUUCUACAAGAAGUCAAUAUUUAAAUGAAAUCAAUUCAAAUAAUUUGUUAACCUUUGAUCAAGACAUUCCCAAUAUCAAAAUCGAAGAUUCAAUUUCAUCGCUUGCAGAGAUACCAAAUAAUAAAUUUGAAGAAGGUAGCAAUAAUUUUAAUUUUAAUUCUAAUUCUACAAGAAGUCAACAGCAAAAUACUUCGUCAUCGACAAUUUCUUUUCAUCCUUAUCAACGUUCAACCAAAAAUGCAGGUUACAAAAAAUACACCAGUUUAUUAUAUGAAAUGGUACAAUCAAAACGUUGGUUACGACCAGACUUCACUUUUGAGAAUGGUAUUGAUGGGUAUGUUUGUAAAGUUAGCGUAAAAGAUUAUUUAUUUAAAGGAGAAGCUUUUAAUAGGAAAAUGGAUGCUAAAGAAUCUGCCUCUGAAGUAGCAUACCGAUAUUUAACCAAAGAUUGCAAGUGA